AUGUUAAUCAAUCCCUGGGACAUUGUAAAAAAUGUUCUUAUACAAGAAGAGCAGGAACUAGUACAGUUGGUAAAUAAAUUCAAAUCACAGUUAGAUGCUCUACGUACUGAAGAGACCGUACUGGUGCAAAUGCUGAAUGUUGCGGGGGGGACAACGGACGAACCGAGUGCUGUUGUUAAGCAAGGGCACGCAAAAGGUGCAGUGGCUCAGGAUAUUGAAAUAGCCGAAGCCAUGUGUCUUCUUCGUGGAUUAGAGGACGAGUCGGAAGAUGAAGACAAAGAUAAUCCUAUGAUGUUGGAUGAAGCCAAAUGA